UGCGGUGGGCAGUUUACAUGUGAGGCAUUGCUAUAACAUGCUCUGUGUUACCCUCCAUGCUUCUAACAAAUAAUUUACUCAGUUCUUUUGAUUUUUUUUUUGCUUUCAAAUGAAUUUUUCGGCAAAAGGGCUUUCUGUUGUUAGCUUGAAUUUAACUUCAGUUAAGUGUUUCCUCCCCGUAUAUCAGGUAGUAAAAUGUUACGAACACAAUCAUGAUGAGGUAAUGCUCAAUGACACCUCUGACACACAGAAUAAGAAGAUAGAACGUUUAAGGGAAAAUAAACGAGAAAAACACGGUCCAAUUUAUUGUCAGCGUUUUGCGCUCUUGAAUGUCCACCGUUGUUGUGCUUGCGGACUGCCGGUGUUAGCAGGCAGUUUGUAGUUUGUGCUGCAGUCGGUCCCCUGAUCACUGAUCUGCGGGACGCUGGAGCGAUGGCUGCAAUGGUGUUGACGCGGUGUGUGAGCAGGACUUCGCUAUCAGCCUCUGGUGCGAAAGCCAUCAGAAUCAGAUGCAUCAACAGGCACUACAGGACAAUUGCAACAAGGACUCCCACUGCCGGGACUGGUGGAGGAGCUGCAUUCGUCCUGGGGCUCCCUGUGCUCUCCUGUCUGGCUUAUGAAGCUUAUCGCAGAGUGCAGAGUUCAGCUGUGGUCCAGGCUUUAGAAAAAGAGGAGGUUCUGGAGCAGGCCGACUACCUGUACAGCUGUGCAGAGACAGAGAAGCUGUACCAGCUGCUGCUGCAGUACAAGGACAGUGAUGAUGCAGAGUUUCUGUGGAGGCUGGCCCGUGCGUCCCGCGACCUGUCCCUCCUGCCCAACAUGGAGGCCGAACGGAAGAAGCAGCUGGUGUUUGAGGCCCUGGAGUAUGUAACGAAGGCACUGGAGAGGGACGACAAGUGUUUCGCUGCACACAAAUGGUAUGCCGUAUGUCUCAGUGAUGUUGGGGACUAUGAGGGCGUCAAGGUGAAAAUUGGAAAUUCAUACAUCAUCAGGGACCAUCUAGAGACAGCCAUCAAGCUCAACCCCAUGGAUGCUACUUCCAUUCAUAUUUUGGGUUACUGGUGCUUUGCCUUUGCUGAGCUGCCAUGGUACCAAUGCAAGGUGGCGGCUGUCAUUUUUGCAUCGCCGCCUUCGUCCACCUACGAAGAGGCUUUGGAAUUCUUCCUGAAAGCUGAGGAAGUUGAUCCAAACUUCUACAGCAAAAACCUGCUGAUGCUCGGGAAGACGUACAUGGCCAUGAAAGACAAGGAGAAGGCACUGCUCUGGCUAACCAAAGCUAAAGAGUACCCUGCUCACACACAGGAGGACAAGGAGGUCCAUAAAGAAGCCGCCGACCUGUUGAAGAAGCUAGGAUGAAGCUGUCGCCCCGACUGAGUGGAGUCGGAUCCCUUUGACGACUGUUGCACUUUUUUUGAUAACUCCUAACACACCAAUAAAUUGCAAAUGUUUAGUUUUUUAUGAUUUUGUAACUAUUAAUACGAAUACGGUAAGAACUGUGAGUGGCCUUGCAAACAGAAAUAACACAUCAUUCAGACCGGUUUCUGGAAUUAAAUGUAUAUUUGAAUAAAAGUAUAUGAAUUGA